AACAAGGAAGUAGGAUUGGUAACGAGUUUUUAUUGUUCCUUGUGUGGAGUAAAGAAAUACAUACUUACUAAACUAAAUAGGCUACCCAUCUCUAAUUUGACAGAAAAUGUCUAAACUACAGAUGUUGUGUGUGUUUUUAAAUGAGCGUUUAACGGCGGCUGCUGUGGAUAUUUUUGGUGCAGUUGAGAAAACGGUAGGAGAAUACCAGGAGGAGAAUGAUCGGCUACGGAGACUGCUGCGGAGGACACCAGAGAUACAACUAUCUAGAAUAGAAUCCCUGCAGCCCUCUGUCUCUGAAGAGGAGGUUCCCCCUGAGCAGCAGCACUGUGAGCAGGAGUGGAGCCCCAGUCUGGGACAGAAGGACCCAGAGACCAAACAGAUUAAAGAGGAACAGGAGGAAGUCAGGACCAGUCAGGAGGAAGAGCAGCUUCAAGGGGUGGAGCCUGAUAUCAUAGAGUUCAUAUUUACUCCUCCUAUUGUGAAAAGUGAAUGUGAUCUGGAGGACCCACGUCAAGAUCCCAUACUUGCUGAACACCCAACUCUCCUGAAAAUGACUAAACUACAGUCAUUUCAAGAUUUUUUAAAUGAGCGUUUAACGGCGUUUGCUGCUGUGGAGAUUUCUGGGGCAUUUGCGAAAGCAGUAGCGGAGUACCAGGAAGAGAAUGAUCUGCUACGGAGACUGCUGCGGAUCACACCGGAGAUUAAACUUUGUAGAAUAGACUCCCUGCAGCUCUCUGUCUCUGAAGAGGAGGUUCCCCCUGAGCAGCAGCACUGUGAGCAGCAGUGGAGCCCCAGUCUGGGGCAGAAGGACCCAGAGACCAAACAGAUUAAAGAGGAACAGGAGGAAGUCAGGACCAGUCAGGAGGAAGAGCAGCUUCAAGGGGUGGAGCCUGAUAUCAUAGAGUUCAUAUUCUCUCCUUCCUGUGUGAAAAGUGAAUGUGAUCAGGAGGACCAAACCCAGACUGUGGAGAACAGAGAAAGAGACUCUAAACCAGUGGAUCUCAAACCUUUUGGCACUGUGACCCACAUUAAGGGUCUCUACAUUCCCUGUGACCGUCCAGAUAAUCAAAACAAUGCCUCCAGACACAGUUCAGCUGUAGGCAGCGACCCAGUAGGACUUGACAACAGUCCACUGUUGGAUACCAGCCCAACAUUGGAUCGAAACCCACCAAUGGGGGAACACUGUUCCAAACCCAGCACCAUGUCUAGAAGAACUCACCACUGCCGUGACUGUGGAGAAACAUUUGCUCUGAACGCUGACCUAAAGAGACACGUGACUCUCACCAAGAAGAGACCCAGUGAAUGUAGCUUUUGCAAAAAAAGCUUCAACUCCACCUGUAAACUGAAGUCCCAUGUCCGACUCUGUCACAUUGGGAAACCCUGUGGCAUGACCUUCAAACACAACCUGCCCAAUCAGAUGAGGAUUCACACAGGAGAGAAAUCAUUUAGCUGCGGUGACUGUGGAAAAAGCUUCAAUCGGAAGAUGAGCCUAACUGAACAUAAACUGACUCACACAGGAGAGAAACCAUUUAGUUGUGGUGACUGUGGAAAAAGCUUCAAUCGGAAAGGUCACCUAACCAUACACAAACUGACUCACACAGGAGAGAAACCAUUUAGCUGUGUUGAUUGCGGGAAAAGCUUCAAUCGGAAAGGUCACCUAACCAUACACAAACUGACUCACACAGGAGAGAAACCAUUUAGCUGUGGUGACUGUGGGAAAAGCUUCAAUCGGAAGGGGCACCUAACCAUGCACAAUCUGACUCACACAGGAGAGAAACCAUUUAGCUGUGGUGACUGUGGGAAAAGCUUCAAUCGGAAGGAGCACCUAACGAUGCACAAACUGACUCACACAGGAGAGAAACCUUUUAGCUGUGGUGACUGCGGGAAAAGCUUCAAUCAGAAAGGGGACCUAAGGAGGCACAAACUGAUUCACACAGGAGAGAAACACCAUGGCUGCUCAGUCUGUGGUAAAGGAUUCACUCAGAAGACGAAUCUGCUGAGGCAUGUGGAUAAAGUCCACAAAGGAAAGAAACAGGACAGAAACUGAAAGGGAAGGGGGAUACCGAGGUAGUGUUCCAACUGAAUGCAUUCCACUGAAAUGUGUCUCCCGCAUUUAACCCAACCCCUGUGAAUCAGAGAGGUGCUGGGGGGCUGCCAUAAUCGACAUCCACGUUGUCGGCACCCGGGGAUCAGUGGGUUAACUGCCUUGUUCAGGGGCAGAACGACAGCUUUUUACCUUGUCAGCUCGGAGAUUCUAUCCGGCAACCUUUCGGUUACUGGCAAGAACAUUAGGACAAAGAGAUUGUCUGUGGGAAAAUAUUGAAUGGCAAUAUCAAUAUCAAAUACUUAGGAUCCUUAAUGAGUGACAACGAACAAGAAAUAUAUAAAGAUAACUUUAUUCCAUUAGUCAACUAUAUGAAAGCAGAUCUAAUUCAAUGGAAUAAUCUUCCCGUAAAUCUAACAGGUAGAAGAAACCUCUUCAGAAUAGCAUAUGGCUCCUAAAGGUUUUUGUAUUUAUUUUCGGUAAUACCAAUUACCCAUCCACUUUUUUUUUUUUUUUUUUUUUUUUAAGUAUACUGGGUUAUAAGUCUGUAUAUGAUCACGAUGCAGCCACAUGAUUGGUCAGUGGGGGAGUGGGGUUAGAGCCACAUGAUUGGUCAGUGGGGGAGAGGGGUUAAAGCCACAUGAUUGGUCAGUGGGGGAGAGGGGUUAAAGCCACAUGAUUGGUCAGUUGGGGAGUGGGUUUAGAGCCACAUGAUUGAUCAGUGGGGGAGUGGGGUUAGAGCCACAUGAUUGGUCAGUUGGGGAGUGGGUUUAGAGCCACAUGAUUGGUCAGUGGGGGAGUGGGGUGAGAGCCACGUGAUUGGUCAUAAGUCUGUCUAUGAGCAAAUAGAAUAAAAAAGGUUUCCAUCUUUCUGAGUCUGAGGCUGGUUUUACCUUUCUGAGUCUGAGGGGUGGUUUUACCUUUCUGAGUCUGGGGGUGGUUUUACCUUUCUGAGUCUGGGGGUGGUUUUACCUUUCUGAGUCUGGGGGUGGUUUUACCUUUCUGAGUCUGGGGGUGGUUUUACCUUUCUGAGUCUGGGGUGGUUUUACCUUUCUGAGUCUGGGGGUGGUUUUACCUUUCUGAGUCUGGGGGUGGUUUUACCUUUCUGAG